GCUGCCGGGGGCUGGUCCCGCCGGGUUUCCGGGACUGGGGCGGUAUGGAGCCAUCGCCGGCGGGGAUGGCCGAGCGGGGCUGCCGCUUCCGCGCCAGCGAGCACCAGCACAUUCGCUACAACCCGCUGCGGGACGACUGGGUGCUCGUAUCGGCACACCGGGUGAAGCGCCCUUGGCAGGGGCAGCUGGAGAAGCCGCCCCCCGAGGAUGUGCCCCGCUGGGACCCCAAGAACCCCCUGUGCCCCGGGGCCACCCGGGCCAACGGCGAGGUGAACCCCCAGUACGAGGGAACUUUCGUCUUCCCCAAUGACUUCCCUGCGCUGCAGCCGGACGCUCCAGAGCCUGAUGACAGUGAUCACCCCUUGUUUCGAGCUGCCCCAGCCCGGGGUGUGUGCAAGGUGAUGUGCUUCCACCCCUGGUCGGACCUGACRCUGCCCCUCAUGUCCCUGCCAGAGAUUCGGGCUGUCAUCGAUGCGUGGGCAGAGCUGGCGACUGAUCUGGGUGCUUCCUACCCCUGGGUGCAGAUCUUCGAGAACAAGGGAGCCAUGAUGGGCUGCUCCAACCCUCACCCCCACUGCCAGGUGUGGGCCAGCAGCUUCCUCCCAAAUGAGGCGUGCCUGGAGGACCGCACGCAGCGCCAGCACCUGAGCCAGCACGGCGUGCCCAUGCUGCUGGAGUAUGCUGAGCAGGAGGCUCACCGAAAGGAGCGGCUGGUGGUAGAGAAUGCGGACUGGCUGGUUGUGGUGCCAUAUUGGGCUACCUGGCCCUACCAGACCCUGCUCCUGCCCCGCCGCCAUGUGUGCCGCCUCCAGGACCUCAGCGGCAGUGAGAGGGACAGCCUGGCCUCCAUCAUGCAGAGGCUGCUCAUCAAGUACGACAAUCUCUUCGAAGUCUCCUUCCCCUACUCCAUGGGCUGGCACGGAGCCCCCACAGGCCCCUACCUGGAGGAGGACUGCAAGCACUGGCAGCUCCAUGCCCACUACUACCCACCGCUGCUGCGCUCGGCCACYGUCCGCAAGUUUAUGGUGGGGUACGAGAUGCUGGCGCAGGCGCAGAGGGACCUCACUCCAGAGCAGGCAGCRGAGCGCCUGAGGAGCCUCCCUGAGGUGCACUACAAGAAGAGGGCAGAGGAGCCGUGAUGGGGAGCAGUGGAGUAUUCCAAUCCUUGGAUGUGAGUGUGAGGAGGGAUCUUAUCACUCUCCACAACUAUCUGGCAGGAGGUCAUAGACAGGURUUGGGGGGUUGGUCUUUUCUCCUAGGUAACUAAUGACAGGACAAGCAGGAACAGCCUAAAGCAGUGCUAGGGCAGGUUUAUAGUGGAUAUUGGGGAAUAUUUCUUCACCGAAAGGGUGGUCAGGCAUUGGAACAGGCUGCCCAGGGAAGCGGUGAAAUCACAUGCCUGGAAGUAUUAAAAAAAUGUGUAGAUGUAGCACAAGGCUUAGUGGUGGCCUUGACAGUGCUGKGCUGAUAAGUUUUAGAUUCUAUCAUUCUGUGUGCUCAGUAAGGCUAGGAGUCACCUGGGGGUGGUGCAACUGAGGUCUGGGAGUUCAUGUCACUUGUGAGCCCUCUGUACUCACAGAUUCUCCUGAACUUUGUCACAGCUUGGCUGGUUUUUGGGACUGGUUUUGCCUGUUCAGGUACUCAAGGCCUAAUCCUGUGGCAUCCUCGUGUAGGUGGUGUUGUUCCUUGUCUCUUUCACCAUCCCAGGCUCUGUCUUCAGCCUCCACGGCAUGCUCCUGCCACCACUCAAGGRCUUGCCCUCCUUACCAGUCCAGUCUCGCUGGUGAGACUGCGAGUUCCUCUGCCCCAUGGAGGGCACAACUCCCCCGGACAAUAAAACCUGGAAGCUAAGUGCCUCUACCUGUGCUCUCRUGGCUCUCGGCCCUAGGUGGGAGGUUUGGGGUCUCUGGUGAGGACCCCCCAGCUGCUGGUGAGGGAUAACACUGAGGGCUCAGGGGAUGUGCAUGCAGCCCAACACCUCUUGCUCCUGUCCCUGCCUCUGCUUUUGCUCCUCUUCCUCCCUGGGGGGAGCUCUGAGUCUGUCUCUGAGUGCUGCAGUCUUGUGGAGGAGUGAGAAACAGGGAGGAGGAAUGGAUGCAGCCCAGGGCUUAGCCAGCUCUUGGGAGAGGGCUGAGUCCUGGCAAACUUGCUGCAUGGUGGCUGCUGGCUGAGGUGCUCAGCCCUGGAGCUGUUCUCUCCAUGCUCUCUGGCUUGGACUGCUGGUCUACAGCCCUGUGCUGCCUGCUGCAUGUAGCCAGGAGCUGGUUCAUCACUGACCCAGAGGCUGCCAGGGAGUCCAGCUCUCUUCCAGGUGCUGCUGUCCCCUUCCCUGUGUCCUCCCACGGUGUGGGAUAAUGGCAGCCCGGUUCCUGGGCUGAGCAAGGGGAUGCUGCAUUCACUUGUCUGUGCUCUGCUCCCUCUCAGCCCUUCACCCUGGAAAGCCCUGGGGCUGUGAGGGGUCAUGGACAGUGAUGCCACCACAGUUGAUGUGGGGGGAUGCCAAGCACUGUCUGCCCUCACAUCUCCAUAAACAGUUUUUAUUUGUCACUAAUGAGCUGUUCUCACAACUCUCUAAUGAGACCCCUCUCCU